CGGGGAGCAGGGAGCGCAGCGGCGCCGGGAGCCGGGGCACCGAGGAUGUGGACACCAUCGCUGCUGCCGCCGCUGCUGCUGUUGGUCCUGCUGCCCAGGCGCGGGGCGCAGGGGAAGCCGCCCCCGGAUGCCAGCCCACACGGCCAGGCCCGGGUGCACCAGGCGGCACCCCUGAGCGACGCCCCGCACGACGAUGCCCACGGCAACUUCCAAUAUGACCACGAGGCUUUCUUGGGGCGGGACGUGGCCAAGGAGUUCGACCAGCUCAGCCCGGAGGAGAGCCAGGCUCGCCUGGGGCGGAUCGUGGACCGCAUGGACCGUGCAGGCGACGGGGACGGCUGGGUGUCGCUGGCCGAGCUCCGCGCGUGGAUCGCACACACCCAGCAGCGGCACAUUCGGGACUCGGUGAGCGCGGCCUGGAACACGUACGACACGGACCGCGACGGGCGUGUGGGUUGGGAGGAGCUGCGCAACGCCACCUAUGGCCACUACGCCCCCGGUGAGGAAUUUCACGACGUGGAGGACGCCGAGACCUACAAGAAGAUGUUGGCCCGGGACGAGCGGCGCUUCCGGGUGGCCGACCAGGACGGCGACUCGAUGGCCACGCGGGAGGAGCUGACCGCCUUUCUGCACCCUGAGGAGUUCCCGCAUAUGAGGGACAUUGUGAUUGCCGAGACUCUGGAGGACUUGGAUACCAACAAAGACGGCUUCGUGCAGGUGGAGGAGUACAUCGCGGAUCUGUACUCCGAGGAACCGGGCCAGGAGGAGCCGGCCUGGGUGCAGACGGAGAGACAGCAGUUCCGGGACUUCCGGGACCUCAAUAAGGAUGGGAAGCUGGACGGCAGUGAGGUUGGCCACUGGGUACUGCCCCCUGCCCAGGACCAGCCACUGGUGGAGGCCAACCACCUGCUACACGAAAGUGACACCGAUAAGGACGGGCGCCUGAGCAAAGCUGAGAUCCUGGGCAACUGGAACAUGUUUGUGGGCAGCCAGGCCACCAACUAUGGCGAGGACCUGACGCGGCACCAUGACGAGCUCUGAGCCCCACGCGCACCCCUUCCUGGGGUGGACUCCCCAUGGCUUCCACCCCUGGGCACUCAGGGAUCCCCAGGUCAGCGUCUCUGUGCCUGAGACCCCCACUCCCCCCACCACUGUGCCUCAGAGACCCCCCCAGGGGGUGGAUGGCCCUUUUCACUGGCGAGUCUUCCAGC